AGGACGCAGGGAAGCCAGCUAGCGAGUGGCGGCGACGGCGGCGGUGGUGGCAGUUCGUAGAGAGGGCGACUGCUCCGAGGCCGGGCGGCGAUCGGGCGGAGACCUCGGUUCCUUUCUUCGCAUGAUCCUCUUGGAGUGAGUGUAUUGGGAAGAGUCGGUUACAUUAUACUAGGAUUCUCUAAGUCUUAGUGAUCAGCCUUUGUACCUUUUCCACAUUUGAAGAUGGUGAAGUUAGAUAUUCAUACUCUGGCCCAUCACCUCAAGCAGGAACGCUUAUAUGUGAACUCUGAGAAACAGCUCAUUCAGAGGCUCAAUGCAGAUGUACUUAAGACAGCUGAAAAGUUGUAUCGUACAGCGUGGAUUGCUAAGCAACAGAGAAUUAAUUUGGAUCGACUUAUCAUAACCAGUGCGGAAGCUUCCCCUGCUGAAUGUUGCCAACAUGCCAAGAUUUUGGAAGAUACACAGUUUGUUGAUGGAUAUAAGCAAUUGGGAUUUCAGGAGACUGCUUAUGGAGAAUUCUUAAGUCGAUUAAGGGAAAAUCCUCGUCUUAUUGCCUCCUCUCUGGUUGCUGGAGAGAAACUUAAUCAGGAGAACACACAAAGUGUUAUAUACACAGUUUUUACCUCCCUCUAUGGCAAUUGCAUUAUGCAAGAAGAUGAAAGCUACCUCCUUCAGGUUUUGAGAUACUUGAUUGAAUUUGAACUUAAAGAAAGUGACAACCCCAGGCGACUUUUGAGGAGAGGAACUUGUGCCUUCAGCAUCUUAUUUAAACUUUUUUCUGAAGGACUGUUUUCUGCCAAACUUUUCCUCACAGCUACUUUACAUGAGCCAAUCAUGCAACUGCUUGUGGAAGAUGAAGAUCAUCUGGAAACAGAUCCAAAUAAACUAAUUGAGAGAUUCUCCCCAUCUCAACAGGAAAAACUCUUUGGAGAGAAAGGCUCAGAUAGAUUCAGGCAAAAGGUUCAAGAGAUGGUGGAUUCCAAUGAGGCCAAACUAGUGACUUUGGUGAACAAAUUUAUCGGUUAUCUCAAACAGAACACAUACUGCUUUCCACAUAGUUUGAGGUGGAUCGUGUCACAGAUGUACAAAACCCUCUCCUGUGUAGAUAGACUGGAAGUUGGGGAGGUCAGGGCAAUGUGCACUGAUCUCCUGCUGGCCUGCUUCAUUUGCCCUGCAGUUGUCAAUCCAGAACAGUACGGAAUAAUUUCUGACGCUCCUAUUAAUGAGGUGGCAAGAUUCAAUCUGAUGCAGGUUGGCCGCCUGUUGCAGCAGUUAGCAAUGACUGGCUCUGAAGAGGGGGAUCCCCGGACAAAGGGCAGUCUUGGAAAAUUUGACAAAAGCUGUGUUGCUGCUUUCCUUGAUGUUGUGAUUGGGGGCCGUGCAGUGGAAACCCCUCCAAUGUCCUCUGUUAAUCUUCUGGAAGGAUUGAGCAGAACUGUGGUUUAUAUAACCUACAGUCAGCUUAUUACUCUGGUGAAUUUUAUGAAGAGUGUGAUGUCUGGAGACCAACUGAGAGAAGAUAGAAUGGCUCUUGACAAUUUAUUGGCUAACCUACCCCAGGCAAAGCCAGGGAAAAGCAGCAGUUUGGAAAUGACUCCCUACAAUACUCCUCAGUUGUCUCCGGCAACCACUCCAGCAAAUAAAAAGAAUCGAUUGCCUAUAGCAACUCGGAGCAGAAGCCGCACCAAUGUGCUAAUGGACUUACAUAUGGACCAUGAAGGAUCAUCUCAAGAAACCAUCCCAGAGGUGCAGCCCGAGGAAGUGCUGGUCAUUUCCUUAGGGACAGGUCCCCAGCUUACUCCAGGGAUGAUGUCAGAAAAUGAGGUCCUAAACAUGCAACUUUCGGAUGGAGGACAAGGAGAUGUCCCUGUCGAUGAAAACAAACUCCACGGUAAACCUGAUAAAACCUUGCGCUUUUCCCUCUGCAGUGAUAAUCUGGAAGGAAUAUCUGAAGGUCCUUCCAAUCGCUCCAAUUCCGUGUCCUCUCUUGACCUGGAAGGAGAGUCUGUGUCGGAACUGGGAGCAGGACCUUCGGGGAGUAACGGGGCUGACGCGCUGCAGCUCCUGGAGCAUGAGCAAGCCACAACACAGGAUAAUCUCGAUGAUAAGCUGAGGAAGUUUGAAAUCCGUGACAUGAUGGGACUGACGGAUGAUAGGGACAUAUCAGAAACAGUGAGUGAGACCUGGAGCACAGAUGUCUUGGGAAGUGAUUUUGACCCUAACAUUGACGAAGAUCGUUUGCAAGAAAUUGCAGGUGCAGCAGCAGAGAACAUGUUAGGCAGUUUACUGUGCCUGCCAGGGUCAGGGUCAGUGCUUCUUGACCCCUGCACUGGUUCUACCAUAUCAGAGACAACAAGCGAAGCUUGGAGUGUAGAGGUUUUGCCAAGUGACUCAGAGGCCCCCGAUCUAAAGCAGGAGGAGCGUCUGCAGGAAUUGGAGAGCUGUUCGGGACUGGGUAGCACAUCUGAUGAUACGGAUGUCAGGGAGGUCAGUUCCCGCCCCAGCACACCAGGCCUCAGUGUUGUGUCGGGCAUAAGUGCAACCUCUGAGGAUAUUCCCAAUAAGAUUGAAGACCUGAGAUCUGAGUGCAGCUCUGACUUUGGGGGUAAAGAUUCUGUCACUAGUCCAGACAUGGAUGAAGUAACUCAUGGCGCCCACCACCUGACCUCUCCCCCUUCUCAAUCAGAGUCUCUGCUUGCCAUGUUUGACCCGCUGUCUUCACAUGAAGGGGCUUCUGCUGUGGUAAGGCCAAAAGUGCACUAUGCCAGGCCUUCGCACCCACCACCAGACCCUCCGAUCCUGGAAGGAGCUGUGGGAGGAAAUGAGGCCCGGCUGCCAAACUUUGGUUCCCAUGGUUUAACUCCCGCCGAAAUGGAGGCAUUCAGGCAGCGGCAUUCUUACCCUGAGAGAUUAGUGCGCAGCAGGAGCUCUGACAUAGUAUCUUCCGUCCGGAGACCCAUGAGCGACCCCAGCUGGAACCGCCGCCCAGGGACUGAAGAGCGAGAGCUCCCUCCAGCCGCAGCCAUUGGUGCUACCUCUUUGGUGGCUGCACCUCAUUCGUCCUCUUCAUCCCCGAGUAAGGACUCCUCACGAGGAGAGACUGAAGAACGCAAAGAUAGCGAUGAUGAGAAAUCAGACAGGAACAGACCUUGGUGGAGAAAACGUUUUGUUUCUGCCAUGCCUAAAGCUCCCAUACCAUUUAGAAAGAAAGAAAAACAAGAAAAAGACAAAGAUGAGCUGGGGCCUGACAGAUUCUCAACACUCACAGAUGAUCCCAGCCCUAGACUCAGUGCACAAGCUCAGGCCGCUGAGGACAUUCUGGACAAAUACAGGAAUGCCAUUAAGCGAACCAGCCCCAGUGAAGGAGCAAUGGCCAACUAUGACAAUGCAGGUGAUAACCGUGAGGCUAUGGGUGAUGGGGAAAGUGCACACGAUUCUCCUCGAGAUGAAGCUCUGCAAAACAUCUCAGCUGAUGACCUCCCGGACUCCGCGAGCCAAGUGGCCCACCCUCAGGACUCAGCCUACUCUUACAGAGAUGCAAAAAAGAAACUGAGGCUUGCUCUUUGCUCUGCGGAUUCAGUUGCUUUCCCAGUGCUAAGCCAUUCAACAAGGAAUGGUUUACCAGACCACACAGACCCAGAAGAGAAUGAAAUUGUAUGCUUCUUAAAAGUUCAAAUCGCCGAAGCAAUUAAUUUACAAGAUAAGAACUUAAUGGCUCAGCUGCAGGAAACAAUGCGUUGUGUGUGCCGCUUUGACAACAGGACCUGCAGGAAGCUGCUGGCCUCUAUCGCCGAGGACUACAGGAAAAGGGCCCCCUACAUUGCUUAUCUCACCCGCUGUCGGCAAGGACUGCAGACCACGCAGGCUCACCUGGAAAGGCUGCUGCAGAGGGUGCUGCGGGACAAGGAGGUGGCCAAUCGAUACUUCACCACCGUCUGUGUGAGGUUGCUGCUUGAGAGCAAAGAAAAGAAGAUCAGGGAGUUCAUUCAAGACUUUCAGAAACUCACAGCAGCUGAUGAUAAAACUGCUCAGGUAGAAGACUUCCUGCAGUUCCUGUACGGCGCGAUGGCCCAGGACGUCAUCUGGCAAAAUGCGAGCGAGGAGCAGCUUCAGGACGCUCAGCUGGCCAUCGAGCGCAGCGUGAUGAAUCGCAUUUUCAAGCUUGCUUUCUACCCCAAUCAGGAUGGGGACAUACUCCGUGACCAGGUCCUUCAUGAACAUAUCCAGAGAUUGUCCAAAGUGGUGACUGCCAACCACAGAGCGCUUCAGAUCCCGGAGGUUUAUCUUCGGGAGGCGCCGUGGCCAUCUGCGCAGUCGGAGAUCAGAACCAUCAGCGCUUACAAGACCCCGCGGGACAAGGUGCAGUGCAUCCUGAGGAUGUGCUCCACCAUCAUGAACCUGCUGAGCCUGGCCAACGAGGACUCUGUCCCCGGGGCGGACGACUUCGUCCCGGUGCUGGUGUUUGUGCUGAUAAAGGCAAACCCACCCUGUUUGCUGUCUACUGUCCAGUACAUCAGUAGCUUCUAUGCCAGCUGUCUGUCCGGAGAGGAGUCCUACUGGUGGAUGCAGUUCACAGCAGCAGUGGAAUUCAUUAAAACUAUCGAUGACCGAAAGUGACCAGGACCCAGGCCACCCAGGCAGCAGACUGUUCGGCCGGCAAACCGACCUCUAGGAAAAUGUGCCAGCUGCUCUGCAGGCGGGAGCUUGUUUUGUAUCAUAUUGUACAGCAUUCAGACAUUUUAAAACAGAUCUUUACUAAACAGAUUAAUGCACUAACUAGCAGGUUCUCUUUCCUUUGGGCUCUUCCUUUCUGAAUUGCAUAUUAUCCUUUCUCGUCCCCAGGUAGAGAAUAGUACUGUAAAAAGGGACCACAUUUUUCAGGUUUGAAAUACUAAACCUCCUAGAAUCAAAGCAGAACCUCCUACAGCAUUUUUAGAUCUCCGUUCCUGGAUACCCAUGCUUUCCUCUUACUGAACGAAAGAGAGCAGUGCACCCCUUUCAGGAUGCUGUGUGACCCUGUCGGGGUCCAUGGAGGGAAUGGGCACUGCCCUGAGGAUUAAAGGUGACAUCGUGGCAUUAUCUAUAAAUACACUCACCUAAAUUGAAAGCUAAGAAGGAAAUGUAAAUAUAAUAUAUAUUUAUAUUUGAUGUAAUAUGGACAUCUUCAGAUUCUAAUAAACAAGGAAUAUUGCUGAUA